UAUUACGAAAUCCAUAUUAAUUAUUCAAAAAAUAAAAACAAUUCACUUUUAUUACAAAAGAAAAUUCAGUUCAUAAUUGGAACAUAACAACUGAAAACAUUAUGGUCGGCUAAGCUGAUUAUUAAAUAUCCUAUUCAUAAUGUGUAACACAAUUCUUAUUUUUGCAAUAAAAGAUAAAAAUUAUAUCAUGUUUUUAUAUUUAACUUAAUAUUAUGGGACACGUUUAAAAAGUUCUGUGCCAAUGGCGACACACGUUUUUUCCGGCAUUAUAACAAUGACCAUUGACAUUUUAGUCGAUAGCCAUAUGUUCGCUCUCAUCAUUUCACCUACUAGAUCAUCGCCUACUCAUAGAAUAAAAAAAAUUGCGGGCUUGUAAAUGUGUUUGUAAAACAGAAAUAGGCUUCAGAGAUUCCUUAAACGCGUUUAUUGAACGGUCGCUAAUCAAAAUCGCCUAAGAUAAGAUUAUAUUGUGCAAAUUUGUGCAAAAAAAAUUAAUUUUAUUUUAAGCUGUUGCAGGCAAGGCCAGAUGUUUGAAGCAAGCUAAAGAAGAGCCUAUCAAAGAAAUUGAAAAAUAUUGGCAAGAAAGGGAGCGUCAAUUUAAGGAGAUUAAGCAUAUGGGUUCGCGUGAGGAUGUAGCUGCGAAAAUACGAGCCGAUACACAAGUUAAAUUGUAACAAAUGGAAAAAGCUAUUGCCAAUCGCAAAGAUCCAAUUAUAAAAGAAAUACUGCAAUACAUUUAUCAAAUUGAACCAGAAAAGCAUAGAAACUAUCAACUAUAAAUUUCUUCUACAUUGUGAGAAUACAGAUGUGUACGGACGCAUCUCGUUUACAUAAACGAUCAUGCUCAUCUCAAAUCAGGGCCUUGUAGAGCAGAUAUCAACUACAAUCUUUCCUAUAAGGACAAGAUGAAUUUGAGAUGGACGGCGUUAUUAGUAAGCAAAUAUAUGUGCCAUCGCACACGUAUAGAAGUUGUCUUGUCCGGAGGCGAAGAUGGUUUGGCUGUAGAAACUGCACCUUGUAAAAUGAAAGCUGAAGCUGUAACGGAAAUGUUCUUAAAAGAUUAUUUGGAUGAAAAAUUUUGCGUGUCUUUUCAAUGUAAAGAUGAAUUGCGUUUGGCUUAUGGCGAGAAUUUCGCGAAUGCUGCUAAAACUUUUUGGGAAUUAAUAAGAAAUGCUAAUGCUGUAGAUCGCCUAUAUGGAGUCGGUGUGAAUCACAAACUUUUUAUAUCUUUUUAAUAAGCAAACAUUUUAUUUUGUCUCCACACCAUUGCAACCUUUGCAUAAAUUACUAAAUCAUGAGCAAAUACCACCAUUAAUAGUUUAUAGUAAUCGUGGCGAAAUGUACAAUGCUACUAAAGGUGAGUGGACUGGCCAUGAGAAGAUAUACUGGCCAUACAUAAUAAUAAUUAAACUUACUUAGCAAACAUACCGUCUUCAUUAACUUUUUGGAAAGUACCGAUGACAUUUCAAAUUAUAUAACUGAGAAGUACCCGCAAGAUUGGUGGAAGCGUAGAAGAGAACUUGACUUGA